AUGCGCAACAAUGAAGAAGAGAAGUUUACUCCACUCACUGUUCCCAGGCAACAGAUACUCCACGAUGUCAACAGCGCAUCAUUGUUCGAGUUUCCGGCGGCGACGGAGCGUCAGUUGGGGCCCUUCAAAAUCGAUUGGUGUGAGUUCCAUAUGGCUCACGGGCACUCUACUGAAAAUUGCUUCGUCUUGGGGAGGCAGAUUGAGUGCUUGAUCAAGGAGGGACGAUUGAAGGAGUUUGUGGCAAGAAAGCAGGAGGGAAGUUCGUCGGAUAGGCGAUCCAGGCGCAUGCAGGAUGACACCAGGAGGGAUAGGCGUAGGGAGAGAUCUCCCCCUAGAGACACACCAGCAAAGGUGUUAGAAACCCAUCAGCAGCCCAUCCAUGGGGAUUUCAAUACCGUAGCAGGGGGCUUUGCCGGUGGGGGACCUACCUCCGCUGCCCGAAAGAGGUACUCUCGGUCGGUGUUAACUGUAUCGGAAUUCAGGCGACCACCCCAGCCUGAGAUUUCAUUCUCAGACUCGGAUUACGAAGGAGUAGCUCCUCAUGAGGAUGACCCCGUCGUUGUAUCGGCGAUUGUCAUGGGAUACAAUGUGAAGCGUGUGUUGAUCGACCAGGGAAGUUCCGCGGAUAUUUUAUUCUGGGAAACUUUUGAGGGAAUGAAAAUACCUAACGACCGACUAAUUCCUUAUGCAGGAACUCUAGUGGGUUUUGCAGGAGACCAGGUCAUAGCAAGGGGAUAUGCUGAUCUGGAGACGACCUUCGGCCAGGCGGCUCGGCUGAAGACGGUGGCCGUUCGGUAUUUGGUGGUUAAUGCUCAGUCAUCCUACAGCAUACUGAUCGGCAGACCGACCCUGAACAAACUAGGAGCGGUAGUGUCUACUCCCCAUCUGAAGGUAAAGUACCUGUUGCCGAGCGGUUCUAUGGGGACUCUCAGAGUGGAUCAGGAGGUUGCUCGGAAGUGCUACGGUGAUAGUUUAAAAGCACGAAGGCGACUAUAUACCGCGCAGGUCGAGCAGGAGGUCCACUCCAUCGAUCUAGACCCUAGAGUGAGCCAUUUUGAUCGCUGA